CUCUAUGGCUAAGAUAAAAUAGCACAGACCUUCACGAAUUCAGCCUACUCUUUUAGAACGUCUGAAGAAAAAGCACUACAAUUUGCUGAUUAAGUGCAUAUUAGCACAUUUACUUGAUUGAAAGCCUAUGCUUUCACAAGAAGAAAAAAAAUGAUAGUAUACAUAUAUUUUCUUCAUGUAAAUUCUACUUUCUAAGAAGGAAUCCUCAACACAACUCCAGAGUGAAGAUCUUUGAAAUGACUGACCCAAGCCCCAAUAUCGAUGACUGGACCAAAGAACAUGUGAAACAAUGGUUAACAGAAGAACUCAAGAUUGAUGAAAAAUAUGGACAAAUCUUAUUUUCUGAAGCAGUGACAGGCUUAGUAUUAAGAAUCUUAACUAAGAAGGAUCUUUUGGAAAUGGGCAUACCACAUGGCCCAGCUCUUUUGAUAAUUCAUGCUAUUGAAAAAAUGAAGAACAUUCCACCAAAAAAUCUUGUUCCGGCAUCUGAAAAACAAGAUAGCUUGAAAAUUUCUAAAAAAGAGAAGAGACAGAGAAGAAAAGUCAAAACAGAAAAUACAGAAGAGUCAAUUUUGACAACCAACUCUCAAGACAUUACAGAUUCUGAAAGUACCCAAGAAUCAAAACUCACUAGAGAAAACAUAUUACAUGUUGAAGAAGUCACAAUGGAUGAAGCAAAGCCCAAGCUAGAACCAAAAAGAUUACCAUGUUUGCCAUAUCCAUUUGAUAGUUUCCAUGACACUUGUCGUUAUAUACAACAUUAUAUCUUACAACCGGAAACAGGACCACUAAAUUUCAUUGAUCCAGUCCAUGAGUUCAAACUAUUGACUAACACUGAGGCAGCAACUGAGGAAGACAUCAAAAUGAAAUUUAGCAAUGAAGUCUUUCGAUUUGCUUCAGCCUGCAUGAAUUCCCGUACCAAUGGCACUAUCCAUUUUGGUGUCAAAGACAAACCCCAUGGAGAAAUUGUUGGGAUGAAAAUUACCAAUACAGAUGCUUUUAUUGACCAUUUCAAUGUAAAGAUCAAACAGUAUUUUAGAGAUGAUCAGGUCAAUUUAGCACGUGAAUGUAUUAGGGAACCCAGGUUUGUGGAAGUCUUACUGCAGGAUAAUACUCUAUCUGAUAGAUUUGUUAUUGAAGUUGAUGUCAUUCCCAAGUAUUCCAUAUGUAAAAAUGCUCUUUUCAACAUCAAGAUGCAAAUCCUUAAAGAAGAAAAGUGGAUGGAAAAAAAAGAAUACUCACUUUUUGUGAGAGAGGGAGCCAGUUCUAAAGAUAUCCUGGCUAAUAUCAUGCAACGUGAUGCAGAUUACAACAGCUUUUUAGUUAAUUUGAAUUCGCUGGUAGAUUCUAGAAAAUCUGCAGAGGAAGAAUAUAGAACAAAAAGGGAGAUGAAGGAAAAUGAAGGGCCAAAGCUGGUGAAUUUGCUCACAGGAAACCGAGACCUUUUGGAUAAUACCUACUAUGACUGGUACAUUCUGGUGGCUAGUAAGUGUCAUCCAAAUCAAAUAAAGCACCUGGACUUUCUAAAGGAAAUUAAAUGGUUUGCUGUGUUGGAGUUUGAUCCUGAAUCUGGGAACAAUGGGUUGGUAAAGUUUUACCGAGAGACCCGAGCAGCAAACCUUCACUUUCCAUAUCAGUAUGAUGACAAAAUUACCCAAAAUCCUGAUAAAUUGAAUCUUUAUCAACAGCCCAGCUGGAUAUUUUGUAACGGUAGGACAGAUCUAGAAAGUCCGGAACAUAAACCUUUAGAGUCAUGUUUAUGGCAACGAGAAAGAGCUUCUGAAGUCAGAAAACUAAUUUCAUUUCUUACGCAUGAAAACAUAAUGCCUAAAGGAAGGUUUUUGGUGGUGUUUCUGUUACUCUCUCCAAUAGAAGAUCGAAGAGAUCCCCUCAUUGAAACAUUCUGUGCUUUUUACCAAGACAUGAAGGGAAUGGAAAACAUAAUGUGCAUCUGUGUCAGUCCACAGAUAUGCCAGCGAUGGAAAACUCUUCUGCAAGCCAGACUGACAAUAGUUGAUGAGCUCUCAGACCAAUGUAUUUCUACCUUAAGCCUUGAAAAGAUAAAUGGUACAAUUCUUAAAUUAAAAUCAAGGAUUCAUUCUUCACAGAGGUUUUUGCCAUCAACUGGUUCCUCUACGGUUCUUUUGAAAAGGGAAGAAGAUUUCAUGGGUGCUCUAGAAAUUCUCUGUGAAAAUGAAUGUAAAGAUACAGAAUUAGAAAAGGAUAAAAAGACAUUUCUUGAAUUCAUGAAAUCUCAAGAAGAGCAUUUUUAUCGAGGUGGCAAAGUUUCUUGGUGGAACUUCUACUUUUCCUCUAAAAACUAUUCGUCAACUUUUGUCAAAAGAGAUAGUUAUGAAAAACUUGAAGAGUUGAUCCUCCACUGGGCAAAUUCUCCUAAACAAAUGUGUGCCAAAAUUAUUAAUCUUUAUCAUCAUCCAGGCUGUGGGGGGACUACAUUGGCUAUGCAUGUUCUCUGGGAACUAAAGAAAAAAUUCAGAUGUGCUGUGUUGAAAAAUAAAGCAACCGAAUUUCCAGAAAUUGGAGAACAGAUAACCACAUUAAUCACCUAUGGCUCAAAUGGCCAUCAAGAUUAUUUACCUGUAUUGCUCCUUGUGGAUGAUUUUGAAGAACAAGAAAAUGUCUCUCUACUACAGAAUUAUAUUCUUGCAGCUGUAGCAGAAAAAAGUAUUCAAUAUGAAAAACCUCUAGUGAUUAUUUUAAACUGUAUGAGGUCCCAGAAUCCUCUUAAAAGUGCAAAAAAUCCAGACAGCAUUGCUUUGGAAUAUUCCCUUUCUGCUUCAGAGCAAAGAGCUUUUGAGGCCAAACUGAAAGAAAUUGAAAAGCAGUAUGAGAACUUUGAAGAUUUCUAUUCUUUCAUGAUCAUGAAAAGUAAUUUUGAUGAAAAAUACAUAGAAAAGGUUGUCAAGAACAUACUGCAAGGGCUUAAAAUACAUAGCAAGGAAGCAAAACUCAUUUCCUUUCUGGCUUUACUGAACUCUUAUGUUACUAAUUCCAUAAUCUCGGUGUCCCAGUGUGAGAAGUUCCUGGGAAUUGCCAAUAAGAAGGCUUUCUGGGGAGACGAAUGCCUUGAAGACAAGAUGGGAACCUAUUCUACUCUUUUGAUUCAAACAGAAGUGGAGGAAAAAGGGAAGUACAAAGGUGUAAGGAUCAUCCAUCCUCUCAUUGCCAAUCACUGUCUAGUGGAGUUGAAAACUACUUAUCAUUUGACUAAAAGUAAAAUCACACUGGAACUGUUACAAGAGAGUUUAUUUUAUAAUAUUGGAAUAGGAAGAGACAAACUUUCCCAAGAUGUGGAAACCUUGUUGCUUACCAGACAGCGCAGGGAGCAUGGGGAUGAAACAGAUACUUUGUUUUCCCCACUGAUCGAAGCAGUACAACAAGAAGAAGGCAAUAGUGAAGUUGUAAUGGUCUUGAAGGAAGGAGCUAUUCGGUUCCCCCAGAAUGCAUUCAUUUGUCAAGCCUUAGCAAGACAUUUCUACAUUAAGGAGAAGAAUUUUCCCAAUGCUCUGGAGUGGGCAAAAAAAGCAAAAGCAUUCGCAUCCUGCAAUUCCUAUAUCACAGAUACCCUUGGCCAAGUCUACAAAAGUAAGAUAAAAUGGUGGGUGGAUGAAAAUGCAAAAAGUAAGACCAUCGCUGUUGAGGAUCUAAAAAGUCUCCUAGAAACUGCAAAAAAAGCCUCCGAAGCCUUCAAAUUGUCCCAGGAACAAACUAAAAUGAAAGAAGAUAUUAGAGAAGAUAUGGACAGUCAAAAGUCAAAAAGGAAGUAUGAUUCAUACAAUACAGCAGGCUAUCGAGGAGAGAUUGAAGUGUGUCUUUACACAAUCCAAGUUCUACAGCUCAUUUCUUUCUUUGGCAAAGAAGGUGACACGUGUAACAGACACUUGGUACAAUUUUUAUCCAGAACAGGUGAUAUUCCUGGGGAUCCAAAUGAUGAAUACCACUUAGUUCUUAAGGAUUUCAUUCAUUACCUGAGUAACUUGCAGUUAGCUUUGAAACAAGCAUUUGAUUUUUUUGAUGACUACUUUGUCCUUCUGAAACCCAAGAACAGCAUUAAGGAAAAAGAAGAGACAAAACUUCGGAGAAAGGUGGCUGAAUAUUUCAGUAAAUAUGCAGAAGUGUUCGGUCCCUCAGAUCAGCAGCAGUUGCAGAACACAAACCCUAAAUCAAAACUUGCUUUCUCAAUUCAAGUAGAGACUAGUAGGAAAAGCUUGGAGAUUUUAAAAGCAGAUAAGUUUUCUGGAUUAUUGGAAUACCUUCUCCCUUAUCAAAAAGGCGCUGCCAACAAAAUGGAAGAUAUCAUAAAUCAAUAUACAUUUCUCCUCGAACAGCUGACCAACAAAGUCUAUUUGAGAGAAAAACAGAAUUUCAUUCUGGCCAAUAUCAUUCUCAGUUGUUUAAGACCAGCUUCCAAAUUGGUGCAACCCCUUCCCAAGCUAAAGAAUCAGCUACGAGAAAUCUUGCAGCAAGUAGGUUGGGAUUGCAAAUUCUCAGAACCUUACUUCCUUGCCUCUCUGAUGUUCUGGCCAGAAAACCAACAACUCAAUCCAGAUUCUAAACAAAUGGAAAAGUAUAUUUCAUCUCUAAACAAGUCCUUCAGAUCACAAUAUAAAUAUAUGAGUCAUUUUAAACAGCCGAUUGCACAUUUUUACCUUGGAAAAGGCUUUGGUCUCAAUAGGCUUGUGCACAGACUCAAAAUUGAGCAGUGUUCUAAAAAGGCAUCAGAUGCCUGGUGGCAGAGUGGAGAUGUUUGGAAGGAUGAAGAAGUCCAGAAACUUUUGCUACGACUAAGUGGUCGGGCUGACAGUGAACUCAUCUAUGUAGAUUAUGGAAGAGAUGAAAAAAUCAAGAUCCCAGUGAGACCUGUUUUUUUAGGUCGGCUACGGAGUGGCAGAAGUAUAGAAAAAGUAUCAUUUUACCUGGGAUUUUCUAUUGGAGGUCCACUUGCAUAUGACAUAGAGAUUAUUUAAGAACCUAAACUAUUUUCUUCUUGUUUCCUGAGACUUAUUGUCUCAGUAUUAAGCAUUUCAUUCCUCUCAUCCUUGACCUUUUCCUGUUGUCUUUACAAGAAUUGCACGAGACACUGUUCAAAAAUUAUUUUACUCCUUUGUUACCGCUAAGACUUUGUGAAUUGUUUCCAAAUGUCUCCAGUGUAAAAUCUGGAAGAUCAUUAAAGAAAAUGGAAGCUUUCUUACUCUUAAUAUCUCCAUCUUCUCCAUUACCCCCACCAAUAUGUUUAUGUAUAAAGGACCUUUUCUAUUUCCUUAGGGUAUACUUCCUAGGGUUAUAAAUUAAAUCAAGAAAUUAAUUAUAAAAAAAUUUCUAGCAUCUGACAGAUUCUAAAUUCCUGGCCCUCCAACUGUCUAGCUCUUUGAUCUGUGAUACAUUACUGGAACUGUUCAUGCUUUAGAUUCCUAGAUAUAAAAUACUUGCAGGGAUCCUCAUCAACUGGGGAAUGGUUGAAUAAGUUGUGGUGUAUGGUUGUGAUGGAAUACUACUGUGCUAUAAAAAAUUAUGAACUCAAUGAUCUUAGAAAGGCAUGGAGAAACUUGCACAAAAUGAUGAAGAGUGAAGUGAACACAAUCAAGAGAAUAUUGCAUACAGAAGCAGCAAUACUGCUUUAAGAAUGACUGAGCAAUUAAGUCACUUAGACUAUUGUAGAUACCCAAAUUAAAAAUAAAGGACAUUUGAAAAAAGAAACUAUCUGCACCUAGAGAAAGAACUGAUAACUACAAGUAUGUAUAGAAUAAUUUAUACAUAUAUAUAAGUAUAUAUGUGCAUAUAUAUACAUCUGUGUGUGUGUGUGUGUGUAUAUAUAUAUAUAUGUACAUAUAUAUAUACACACUUAUUUGUGGCUAUAUUUGGAGGGAAUAGCAAUCAUCAUUUUAUUUUCAUGUACUUGUUGUGUUCUGUAAAUUGACAAUAAAAUAAUUUUUUUUAAUAGUGGUAAAUAAUUACUGCCAGAGACCAUGUCCUUGGAAACAAAGAGCUAAUGUGAUUAAAUUCCUGAGACAAGAUUAUGUGUGUCCCAGGAAAUUGGCCCUACCCGCCCAGGAACUAGAUAACGAGUAUGCCCCAGGAUGUCAGCCACACCUAUGGUCCGACAUUCUUUACAUGUCACCCAGAAAUCAUAUAAAACUAGACCCUCUUCAUUCAAUAAAGAGAGACUUUGCUC